AUACAUCCUGCUGCUCGCAGUUGCUGCCAGGGGAACAGAAAAAGCACGAAUACCAGGAAGCUGUCAAGAAUCGUUAUAAGCAUCUUCCCGAAGUCCAAACAAUAGUGAGGUAAGGGGAUUAUUUGAGGUCGCCUUUGAAAUUGAUUAACGAUGAGCCUUUGUUCCAGUGCUGCAACUUAAUGUGGUGAUGUAUGAUUGUGCAGACAUAGGCAUCUGCCUAAACCAAUAUACAAGGCGAAGGAGUUGCACCGUAUGGUGAUUGAAUCUGAAAAUAGGAAAGAAGAAAGCUCACAUCACCCAGGAAGCAUCGUUACCGAAUCAGUGCGUGGGAGGAUGAUUAGUAGUUUGUUCGCUCUUCUCAACGACGGGGUAGCUUGGUCGGAGUUGCACGGAAUUCUCGAGACCACCACAUGGAUACUUCGUCUCGACCAUUCUUUAAGGACUUUUGAUCAAACGAAGUCAGUACCAUAAACAGUGUUUUGGUGCUUCGUAUUCGUGUUGAUGCUUCGUAGCUGGCUUCCGUGGAUACAGACGUGUUGACUGGCCAAAUAACAGAGAGGAAUGAGGAUCUUCAAGGACAUGGUUUUGGCCGUUACCAUGCAUGUUUUUUUGGCGCAUCUCUCCACUCCUGGUAUUGAUGAGACCAACAUUUUUGGAAGAUGGACAGAGACAUAUAUUCAAGAAUUCUAAUAUAUUACCAGAACAACUUUUUUGCAGAGCCAUUGCCAUCCUUCCGUUUCCAAUAGCGUAUAGACGAAUAGCGUCCCAUGGGGAUUGAUGCUCAAGUACAAUGGCAAAGGUAUAAUAAUGUACCGCCUGCACCCCAAUUGUACGGACUAAAGUCACAUUCUGCCCUAUAUAAAGGCGCACAAACCCCUGUCCUUCCAUUCCAUCACAGCUCUGCGGCAACAACAAGCUACUUACUGUACUACCGCAUCCAUAGAGCAGCAGUACUUAGCAGCCAUGGCUCAGCUUGCCAAGCUCGAGGCCGCAGUCGCCAUGAAAAAUCCAAACAAGCUAAUGGAUUUCCUGAAAAACAACAUCCAGGCCUUGCCUCAACUGUUCCCUCAACUCUACAAGAGCGUGGAGAUUGUCGGAGGAGGCCGCCAGCUGGCCACCGGCUCCAUCAUCUCGCUCUCGUAUUACCUUCCUGGGACGCCCACGUUGAUGAGAGGAAGCGUGGAGGUGGAAUCCAUGGACGAGGCAAGGAAGUCGAUAACGCUGAAUGUGAUCGGAGGGGACGGGCUGAAGAUGUUCAAGAGCUUCAGGGUGAAAUGCGAGAUUGAUGACGAGCAGCCGCAGCUGGUGAAAUGGAGCCUUGAAUACCACAAGGCCAGUCCGUCUACACCACCGGCCGACCCUUAUUUGGAAUUCUACAUCAACCUCACCGCGGCCAUAGACGUCCUUUGACGAACUGUAACCCAAAAACCAUUACUGGUUCUUGAACUUGAAGUGCGCUUUGGUCUACCAACAGCCACUGAUAAUGUGGGGACUUCCUUGAUGUUGUAAGUUGUAACUGAGGGUGAUGAUAUAUAGAAAUAAGAGUGUGGAGAGAACACCAAACCGGGCACUGAAAUGAUUUGUGAUGAUUUUCCGAUUAAGUUAUCCUCCUUGUGAAAUUAUUAAUGGACUUGGAUUGCAAUAACAAGCUUUAAAAUCUACAAUGGAAUGAGUGAGAAAGGUUUGACUUAGUGGCAAUACCAUCCGAUCAAUAUUGAAAUUGAAUGACAAUUUAACACUACAAUUCGUAGUAAUCGAAAUAUUAUUUUGACCCAACUUGAAUUGCUAUAACAUAUAACCAAUAAUAAAAUAGUAAAAUAUUU